GAUUCCCACGAAGAAGAACAACGCGGAAGCAAAACACCACCGAAACAACCUGCGCCUUCGAAGAAAAUAGAAAGACUUAUUGAAAAACUCAAAUCACAACAGCGAAAUAACCCCUCACGGACAUGUUGAGCCUGGAGGCCUUGGCGCCUCAGCUGUCGGCUCUGAUGCGGACCGAAGUGCGAGCGGCGCUGACGGAGUUCGGCGGACUCCUGGAGGAGUGCGCGGCCUCGGCCGCCGUCAUGGCCGCUCGGCGGCGCUCCGCCCCGGAGAGGGAGGAAGAUGAGAGCGGAGAGACUCCGACCGAGGAGAGUCGCUCCUUCACUGAAGCCGUCAAGGACCAGUUUGCAUCCAUCAUGGAAACAUGGACCAAAGGUGCAGUAAAAAAGAUCCUGGCGAUGUUGAAAGUGUCCAUGUGCGAAGCCGGGGACGGUCCUGCUGCCGGACAAAGGGACGGGCCGAACGGCCGGAGCAAACGGGCGAGACUGAAGCCGAAAGCGAGGAGAGCGGCUUUGCCAAAAGAAUCUGCAUCCGGUAGCUCUCGUCAGAGGAGAAAGAAACUCGAGGAAGGAUCCAAACCAGCACCGAAAAAACAGAACGACCACAUAUAUCACAGAGAAGAGAAACAUAUUGACGAACCAGCAGCAGCAUCUGACUCAGGAUCAGUGAUCACACCCGCGGAUGCAGCCACACAGGAAAGCAACUCUGAUUUGAGCGAAGAAGAUGGCGUCCGGGGGGAAACCGGCCCGUCCCAGAUUACAAAAAAGAAGAGCACGGAGCCGCUGAAGUGUCCGUCCUGUGACAAAACCUUUGCUCUGAAGUGCAUGCUGGACCGACACUACCUGACCCACACCAAACCGCACCUCUGCUCCGAGUGCGGCAAGAGUUUUUCCGAGAAGCAGGGGCUCGUCGCGCACUCCAGACGCCACACCGGGGAGAAGCCCUACGAAUGCUCCGACUGCGGGAUCGAGUUUGCUUACAAGUACACCUUGGCCCGGCACGUGCGCCGGCACGGCCUGAAGAAACCCGGCGCCCGCACCUGCGCGCUCUGCGAGAGUCAGUUCGACGGGGCGCUGGAGCUGCAGCGGCACCGGUGCGGCGCCUUGAAGACGACGUUCGUCUGCUCGCUCUGCCCGGAGGCCUUCGAGUGCAGGGAGAGCUUGGCCGCCCACGAGAACCUGCACUCGGGGGACAGAGACUUUGUCUGCGAGGUGUGCGGCGAGAGCUUCCUCUCGUCGUCGUCCCUCACUGCCCACCGGGUGACCCACGGCCUGCAGGACAACUGCUGCGACGUGCUGGGCCUGGGCUCCAGCGACGCCAGCGUCCUCCGCAGUCACCUGAGCAAACACAGCGGCGAGAAGCUCUUCGCCUGCCAGGUCUGCGGCAAGGGCUGCAGCCACCGCAGCGCGCUGAAGCACCACAUGCUGACCCACACGGGGGAGAAGCCGUACGUGUGCGAGACCUGCGGCAAGCGCUGCGGCCACGCCAGCGCGCUGCAGAACCACAUGAGGGUCCACACGGGGAAGAAGCGGGGCCAGCGGCCCGUCUGCCACGUGUGCGGCAAGAGCUUCCGCUGCACGGUCAACCUGAAGUACCACAUGAGCGUCCACACGGGCGUGAAGCCGUACGCCUGCGAGCAGUGCGAUAAGAAGUUCAGCAACCCCAGCAAUCUGAAUAUACACAUGGUGAUCCACUCGGGUGAGAAGAGGUACGGCUGCAACAUCUGCGGCAGGAGGUUCACGCAGUCCAUCGGCCUCAAGCUGCACCGGCGUGUCCACACGGGAGAGAAGCCGUACUGCUGCGCGGUCUGCGGGAAAGGGUUCAUGCACUGCAGCGACUUCAAGAAACACCAGAGGGGUCACCUGCCAGAGGAGCCAGCAGACGAGGAGUCCGAAAAUAGGGCUGUGACGAAAAACUAAACCGUUGCACCUCUUGUACUUCCAUCCCUCUUAGAACAUUGCAGACUUCGUUGCAAGUAUAAAAGUCUCUCUGGAAGUAGAGGCGGUGGUUGGUGACCAAUG